AUUUUUCCCUUCAUUUCCAGUUGAGCUCAAACGAAGUACGCUCUGCAAUUCACCCAAAAGGGGAAAAAAACGUACUCUACAAUUUUUUCCCCUUCAAUAAUGGAUCCAAAAAAACCGGGAAGAGGGGGGAAAAAAGAAAAAAAGCUGACUUAACACUCCAAGUCAAUUUUUAUUGAUCCCAAUCGGAUCCAUCGAUUUACGCUCCUGCAAAUCACCCCUUUUUUCCCUCACUCCCUCUCUCUCUCUCUCUCUCUCUCUCUCUCUCUCUCUCUCUCUCUCUCUCUCUAACUCUCCAAGUCGCCAACCACUGAUGCUGCUGAAGCCUGAAGCAGUGAAGCUCAAUUGCUCAAACUUGGGUUGCAGGUAGAAGACCUGGAAGUUGCAGAACCAGUAGGAUAUAAGUCGUCGUUGAAAUCAGAGACUCUGGUAAUCAGCUUUCUUACUGGGCUUAGGUGUCUAUUAUGAGCUUAAAACUGCUGGAGCUGACAUAACGAGAAUCAACUUCACAAACAGCUAAUUACCAGCAUUCUAUAUCAAGUUCCUUUCACAGAUUGCCCCCAUCUCACCGCUAGUAUGGGGAUCCAGAUCAGCGGCUAGUUGUGCUUUCCAAAGUUGUUGGUUGUAGUUUCAGGACAUGAACCAAAAGAUCUUGGAUGUUGAUGCUUGUUUCAUUUCAUUAGAAAUGGAAGUUAAAGAUGCAGAGAGAAUGGUUGUAGCCAAACCAAUUGCUUCAAGACCUUGUUCCAGUUUCGGGUCCUUCUCAGAGCUCCUUGCAGGUGCCAUUAAUGCCUCACCUCCAUGUUCAUACUCUGAAAUGGUAGUGGCUGCUAUCAGACCCAAGACAGUGAGGUUCAAACCAGUGGCAAAUCAUGGAUUGGGCGGUGAGGUGGUUUCAUCUCAGGGUGAGGUUUCUGACACAGCAGUUCGUAAGUCGUCUAAUAAUGUUUCACAACAAAGCAGCAAACCUACUGUGGUAUACAAACCCUUGGCAAAGGUUGUAUCGAGGACAACUGCUUCUCUCAUGUUAAAUCAGGGAAAUGUCGGCGUCAUUCAUCAGAAAGCACUAGCACCAGGGCAGUCACAUUUUGAACAAGAAGACCAAGCAAAACGCGACUCUGAAACCCAUAUUACUUCAAGUCUUAGUCAGAAAUUAAAAUCACAAAUGGAAAUAAACCACGUAAGUGAGUUGUCAAAGAUGACAUUGCAUAACUUGGAAGAUAAUCAGAAAGGUCUACUACCCACGACUAGUGGGGAUCGACUUUCUUAUGAUGGAUAUAAUUGGAGAAAGUAUGGUCAAAAGCAAGUGAAAGGAAGUGAAUACCCUAGGAGUUACUAUAAAUGCACACACCCAAAUUGCCCUGUGAAAAAGAAGGUUGAGCGAUCAUUUGAUGGGAAGAUAGCAGAAAUUGUUUACAAUGGUGAGCACAAUCAUUCAAAGCCUCAGCCUCCUAAACGCCCCUCAUCAGGGACACAAGAGCAAGGAUUUGUUUCUGAUGAGGCUGCGCAAGAUACCAGCAAUCCCUUAUGGAAUAACACACUUAAUGAGCUUAAUGAAAGAUCUGAAGGUCAUACUGAGAAUCCGAGUGAAGUAAGCCUAUCAGUCUGUCCUAUCUAUCCUUGCAAAGGUCUAGAUUCUUAUGAUCCUGCUGCAAGUGGAGCAUUUAAUAGUGGUAUUGGGACUCCUGAUCAUUGCUGUGGCCUUAGUGGGGAUAUUGAGGAUGGAAGCAGCAGGGGAGUUGAUGCAGAUGACCCUGAACCUAAGUAUAAGCGGAGGAAAAAUGAGCAUAAAUCCAAUGAGUUGGGUGUACUAGGAGAAAGAGUAAGAGAACCUCAUGUUAUAAUGCAAAAUUCCAUGGACUCUGAGACUAUUGGUGAUGGCUUUCGUUGGAGAAAAUAUGGGCAAAAGGUUGUGAAGGGAAACCCAUACCCUAGGAGUUACUACCGAUGUACCAGUCUCAAAUGCAAUGUGCGCAAGCAUGUGGAGAGAGCAUCAGAUGAUCCUAAAGCUUUUAUCACGACAUAUGAAGGAAAGCAUAACCAUGAUAUGCCCAUGAAUAGGAAUUUGAAUCCAGUGGCCUCUGACCCAGAUUCACCAGCCCCUGCUAACAAAUUAAAAAGGAAUAAAUUAGCAGUUGGCAAUUGAGCUGCCAAACAAUAGCAGGAAAAGUUCAAGAGCACCAGAAAUAUAAUAUUUUCUCCAUUGUUGGUUUCCAACAAACUUCAUGGGGACUUGGUUGAGCUAUCGGAUGUCCACCAUGUUUUAGUUUAAUAUAAGACACUUUUCUCUGUAAAGAUUUUUUAUUUCAUGAAAGUGGUUUUAUCUGCUGCUAAUAGAUUUAUCUAAUGGGUGAAGUAGUUCUAUUUCUA